UUUAACAAUUAUUAUUAGACCUUAGUUUUAUAAAGUUGAAAUCUGACAAAUGUAGUUGUGUAUUUUAUUGAUUAAGCAAUAAAGAUGAAUAAUAAAGGGGUAACAAUAUAUACAGACGGAGCAUGUUCUGGUAACCCCGGUGCUGGAGGAUGGGCGGCUGUAAUCUUGUUUCAAGAUCAAAGAAAAGAUAUCUCUGGCAGAGCAGAAGAUACCACAAAUAACAAGAUGGAAUUGAUAGCGGUGAUUAAUGGGUUAAAAACAUUAAAAACCUCUUGUAAUAUUAAUCUAUAUACAGAUAGCCUCUAUAUUAAAAAUGGUAUAACAGCAUGGAUAAAAAAAUGGAAAAUAAAUGGCUGGAGAACAAGCAAUAAAAAGCCAGUGAAGAAUAUGGAGCUAUGGAAAGCAUUGGAUGAAAUUUCUUCACAGCAUCAGAUUGAUUGGCGCUGGGUAAGAGCCCAUAAUGGCGACAAAUAUAAUGAGUUAGCUGAUGCUUUAGCGAGAAAAGCAAUAGAUAAUGCUUAA